AAAAACAUGGUACCACCCAUUAAAUCUCAACCGUAACGGUACAAUUUAAUCAACAACGCAAUAUCUGCCGCGUAACGGCAAGCGUUUUGAAAUUUUAAUUUAAUUUAAUGCAAUUUUUCGAAUGUUUUAAGUAUUUUAACGGGUUAAGGAAAGUUCAUCUUCAAUCCAGAAAUGCCAGAAAUAAAGAUUAAGCAUGUUGUUUCCUUCAGUAGCGAGGAUAAGAUUCAUAGAGCAGAAAAUAUAUUAAAGGCUGAAACUUACAGGAAGUGGAAAUGUGCAACCCCAGGUGAAAAAUCUGCUAGUAUUGUUUUACAGUUUGAGAAAGCUACUCAAAUUCACUCCAUUGAUAUUGGAAAUGAAAGUUCUGCUUUUGUUGAAGUAUUAGUUGGCCGAUCGUCUGAUACUGUUAAUGAUUACCAAGUUUUAUUGGUUGCUUCAUCUUUUAUGAGUCCAUUAGAGAGUCGAAAUGAGACUCAUACUAAUAGAGUUAGAAUGUUUGGACCAGAUAAACUGUCUCAGAAUCUUAAAGAUGAAAAAUGGGACUGUGUUCAAGUAGUUUGUACACAGCCUUUUAAUAAAAAUAUACAGUAUGGAUUAUCUUUUAUAAAAUUUCAUUCACCUCCUGAAAAAAAUGAGGAUAAAGCAGCUGAAAAUGAAACCAAGAAUGCUACUGUAAAAUUUGGUGCCUUUAGGAUUAAAUAUGAAGAUGAGGAUGAAGAUAAUUCUCCACCUAUUAGUUCUUGGCAAGAACGAAAGAAUAGGAAGUUAGACAGUUCAAUAACUCAUAAUGAUGAAGCAUUAUCUUAUGCAGCAGCAAUUCUUAAUCCCAAUUAUUCUAUGCGGACACCUCAACAGAAUAAUACUCAGAAGCGAAAGCUUGAUUCUACAAAAGAUAGUGAACCACCAGCUAAAAAGGAAUCAACCGCAAAUGGUGUUAAUAAGGAAAAACUAAGCUCUAAGGAUGUUGAGGCUUCAAAAAAAGAUUCAGCUGUUCCAUCAAUUAAGAAUACAGUAGUUGCCAAGAAUAAUAAUCAGAGAACUUUAAAUCUGAGUACAAAUGAAAACAAACCAUCUACUUCUAAUAACAAACAAGGAAAGGUUCUUAAAAGGAAACCUUUUAAUAAAAUAAUGGAAAAUGUUGUUUUUGUCAUCAGUGGCUUUGUGAAUCCUUUGAGAUCAGAAAUCAGAGAUAAGGGUCUGGAGAUGGGGGCAAAAUAUAAAGGAGAUUGGGAUAAUACAUGUACUCACCUUGUUUGUGCAUUUAUAAACACUCCAAAAUAUAUUCAAGUUAGAAGUCAAGGUGGGAGGAUAGUCACUAAAGAUUGGAUUUUGGAUUGUUAUAAGAAAAAAGUACCAUUAGAUUGGAAAUUAUACAUGCUGGGAAAUUAUACAAUGGAUGAAUCCUCAAGUGAAGAAGUUAUUUCAGCGGGAAGCUCUGAAGAAUGGUCAGAUGAGGAAGAAGUGCCUGCCAAGAAACAGAAGAGGAAAAAAGCUCCUCCUAAAUUGAAUGGUAAACAGUCAGAUGAUGUCAAGAAAGUUGCAAAACCAAAAUCUAAGUCCUCUUCUGAUUCUGAUGAUGGUAAAUCUUCUGUGUCUAAGAAGAGUGAUGUGAAAAAGGUACAAAGUUUUUCACCAAAGAAGAAUGUAUCUAGUUCUUCAAGUAAUGUUACUGAUAAAGCAACAAAAGAUGAUAGUGAAACGGAGGAUGAAGAUGCCCUUGAAGAUUAUAUGGCUGAUACAGAUAGAGAUUCAGAUUCAGGAGGAAAUACAGAAGAUGAAAUAUUGAAAGUUGAAAAAGCAAAUUUGAAGAAAGCUGCAUCCAAAGCAAAAGAAUCUUGUGAAGAUGAUAGUGAUUCAUCACUGCUGCCUUCAAAAGUUGAUACAUCUAAUCUUCCUCUUCCAGAAUUACCAAAUAUAUUUAAAAGACGCCAUUUUUUCCUUUUUGGCGAUUUCUCUUCAAACAAAUACCAUGAUUUGCAGAGAUAUAUCACUGCUUAUAAUGGUGUUAUUGAAGAUUAUAUGGGUGAUGCUGUUAAAUAUGUCAUUACUGAAUCAAAAUGGGAUAAGAAUUUUGAAGAGGCUCUGGAAAGCAAUGAGGAUCUUAUAUUUGUAAAACCUGAAUGGAUUUUCAAAUGUCAUGAAGCUCAAAAAUUGGUACCUUAUCAGCCUUACAUUGUUAUCCCUGAUUCUUGAAGUAUGCAUAUCAUCAUCUGUAAAAUUUUUAUCUUUGUCCACAUUUCUUUUAAUUCAUCAAGAUGAAUGUAUGCAUUCCUGAACAUUUGAUGCCAAAUAUAAUUCUUGCCUUCUGUCACCACCAAAAAGAUCGUGAUUUUAUGUUAUCUUUGCACUUAAGUUCAAAAAUAAUGUUUUGCAACAUAUUUUUGUAUA